AUCCCGUAUUUCUCACCUAAAUCCCAAAACUAAGAAGAGAACAGGAGAUCGCCUCUGUCUUCAGCGGAUUCAUUCUCCAGCAGGUUGAUUUUGAUCGGUUAUCUGGCGUUGGUUCAAUGGCAGAGAAGUCAUUCAAGUACGUGAUCCUCGGUGGUGGCGUUGCUGCUGGAUAUGCAGCGCGGGAGUUUGCAAAGCAGGGAGUCCAACCUGGUGAACUGGCUAUUAUUUCCAAAGAGGCGGUGGCUCCUUAUGAACGCCCAGCACUUAGUAAGGGAUACCUGUUUCCGGAGGGAACUGCAAGGCUACCAGGUUUCCAUGUGUGUGUUGGAAGUGGGGGAGAGAGGCUUCUUCCUGAGUGGUAUGCUGAGAAAGGGAUAGCUUUGAUCCUUAGCACAGAAAUAGUCAAAGCAGAUAUUACUGCAAAGACACUUACCAGUGCAGCUGGUCAAACUUUCAAAUAUCAGACAUUGAUUAUAGCAACUGGUUCCACUGUUAUCAAAUUGACGGACUUUGGUGUACAAGGUGCUGAUGCCAAAAACAUCUUUUAUUUGAGAGAGAUUGAUGAUGCUGAUAAACUUGUAGAAGCAAUCAAAGCAAAGAAAAAUGGGAAGGCUGUGAUUGUUGGCGGCGGAUACAUAGGUCUGGAGCUAAGUGCAGCUUUGAAAAUCAAUAAUAUUGAUGUCAGCAUGGUUUACCCAGAACCUUGGUGCAUGCCUAGGCUAUUCACAGCUGGCAUAGCUGCCUUCUAUGAAGGUUACUACGCAAACAAGGGAAUCAAUAUCAUUAAAGGCACCGUAGCUGUUGGAUUUGGCACCAAUGCUGAUGGGGAGGUUACUGAAGUAAAACUUAAGGAUGGUAGAGUGCUAGAAGCCGAUAUUGUUGUUGUUGGUGUAGGUGGAAGGCCCCUCACAGCUUUGUUUAAGGGCCAGGUUGUAGAGGAAAAGGGUGGAAUCAAGACUGAUGCUUUCUUCAAAACGAGUAUUCCUGGUGUAUAUGCUGUGGGUGAUGUUGCUACGUUCCCCUUGAAAUUGUACAAUGACAUCAGAAGAGUUGAACACGUUGAUCAUGCUCGCAAAUCUGCUGAGCAGGCUGUUAAGGCAAUUUUUGCAAGUGAAAAAGGAACAUCUAUUGAUGAAUAUGACUACCUUCCAUACUUCUACUCCCGUGCCUUUGACCUGUCAUGGCAGUUCUACGGAGACAAUGUAGGUGACACAGUUUUAUUUGGAGACAACAGCCCAACAUCCCCUACACACAAGUUCGGAACAUAUUGGAUCAAAGACGGCAAGGUCGUCGGUGUAUUUUUAGAGAGUGGAACUCCAGAAGAAAACAAGGCAAUUGCUAAACUUGCAAGGGUCCAACCUGCAGUGAGCAGCUUGGAUGAACUAGGCAAAGAGGGUCUCGCUUUCGCCAGCAAAUUCUAAAAUUUAUUUUGUCAACAUAUAUACCAGAAGGCAUUGUUUCUGCAUUUAUCCAAAGUUCGUGGCCUUGGAACAGUUGUUCUCUGUAUUCUGGACCAUGCUCCUUGAUUGUGGUUUGUUCCAUGGACUAUGCAAUAUUUUUUUCGCCAGUACUGCCCCAUCACCUGAAAGCGACCAGAUUUCUAUGAAGUAACCUAUGUUGCAACAGGCGUUAUUGCUACCAUUUUCUUGAAAAUUUAUGUUGAGCUCUUACAUGAUAUUUUCUGUUUCUGCAAUUCUUCCGUCGUCGUUGCCACUGGUUACGGAUAUAAGUUGAAUAUCUUCGUGGCGAUAUGGUGCUCGUCUCUUCAGCAGCUAUCAAGAUAAUUAAUUGAGGAUUUCUCCGCUUCUGGCUUCCUAUUGGGGUGCGGAGAUUCAAGCAAACAACUUUUCUCGAACAAUUAACGUCAGAUUUUAAAAGCAUGUUGAGGAUCUUGAUGCCAACCACAUCAGGAUGAUUUCAGUUGUAAAAACCGAGUGCAUGACAAAUAUUUCAAUAAUUUGUUCUCCCAGUA